UUUAUCUCCGCAGACCCAGCAUCACCUUCCAGUCUGUGGAUUUAUUUGUUUCCUUGGUUCUGUUCAUCUCAUGCACUGGGACGUGUUCCGAAACGACAGGGAUUGUGUCCUGACAGCAGUAUCUCCAAGUCCAGAAUGGCCUGGCACAUAGAACAUGGUCCUAGGGACCAUGUGUCCCUCCUCCAGCAGCCAGCACCUGCGACAGACCCUGGAAGGCAGAUGGAGAAAUUGAGGCCCAGAACAAGGAUGAGCCACAUCCAGGGGCACCAAGCAGCACUCCUCGCCAGCCCCUCACCUCCCCCUGGCCCAGCCUCAUCCGGAUCUUCCCCCCGCCAGCCGCCUUGCUGUUGGCCUGCUCCUGUCCUGCUGCCUGCAGUCUAUUCUCCACGUGGCAGCCAGAGGGACCCUGCUCCAAGGAGAGUCCCACAGAGCCUCGGGAGCUCGCUGCCCCACAGUGGCCGGGCACGCAGACAAGCCCCAGUCCUCAUGAAGACCUUCAGGCCCUGCAAGCUGUGCGGCCCUCGGGCCGUCUCCCUCCUCUCGCCCAGGUCUGCCCCACUCCAGCUCCUGCUGCUGGGUGUUUGCUUCCUGGAACAUUCCUCCCGUGGCAGCAGGCAGCAUUCACGCAGGCAGAAGUCUCCUUCUGGGGAGGCCUUCUCUGGGGCCCUAGCCACAAUCUCGACCUGCUACCUGCCACUCCCUUCUCCUCCACAUUUUCUCUCUCUCCCCUUAGUACUUACCACAGUCUCACAGACUGUGCACUUUACUUACUGUGUUUAUAGCCGUCCCCUCCCAGGUGGGCAGGGAUUUGUGCUGGGCUCAGACGCUCCUGAGGCCUCCCUUGGGUCUCGAACAGGGUCUGGCCAGGCGGUCAGAAGGGCUUUAAAAAGCCUGGAUCUAGGGAUGCCUGGGUGGCUCAGUGGUUGAGUCCUGGCCUUCAGCUCAGAUCUUGACCCUGGGGUCCUGGGAUGGAGUCCCACAUUGGGCUCCCCACAGGGAACCUGC